GCACACACACAUCACUUGGUUUUGGUAUGCAAAAGUUUGAUGGAAUACUUUUAACACUCAUGGGAAAUUAUUUUCUCUCAACGAAAGCCACAAGGAAACAUCUCACUGCAAUCCUUUCCAAGUGGAAACCUCGCUUCUAUAGUGUUACCUGAAAAGAUUGGCUAACAAAUAAUAUGGCUGACAGUUGUUCAGAUUUGCGGCAAAAACUUGACCACCAUCACCACCACACGCAUUCAUAUGAUGACACGAGUCGCAGACGGCCGUUUGAUGAACGCUAUGAUACCUCGAGGAGACGUAGCCAUUGGAAGCAAGCAGACAACGCAGAACCCCGUCCCUCUUUCGAAGACGACAUGGAACAGGUGAAGAAAAUUCACUCCGGUAUCAAACAAGUUCAACUCUUCUCCGACAGCGAGAGUGCAGAAAUCGAGAAGAAAAUUGACGAAGUCGUUCAAAUCGGACAGGAAGGAAAAUACCGUCAACACACUGUCGAUAGAGCCCCGCUACGCAACAAAUAUUUCUUUGGAGAGGGCUACACCUACGGAGCACAGCUGUCCAAACGAGGUCCCGGCCAGGAGAGAUUAUACCCAAAGGGGGAAGUUGACGACAUACCGGAUUGGAUCUUUGAAUUAGUCGUAAAAAAACUAGAAGAUAACAAUCUUGUUACGAAAGGAUUCAUUAACAGUGCUGUAAUUAACGACUACCAGCCAGGGGGUUGUAUUGUGUCCCACGUCGAUCCUAUGCACAUCUUCGACAGACCCAUCAUCUCGGCAUCGUUCUUGAGCGAUGCUGCGCUGUGUUUUGGUUGCAAGUUUUCAUUCAAGCCGAUACGAGUCACCAAGCCCAAAGUUAGCCUCCCUAUGGCGAGGGGUUGUGUCACAUUGCUAAGUGGUUACGCAGCAGAUGAGGUCACACAUUGCAUCCGACCACAAGACGUCAAAUCAAGAAGAGCUGUCAUCAUUGUUCGGAGAGUUUUUGAAGAUGCACCAAGGCUCUCGCGUCAGUUGUCACUAAAUAGCAUCCCAGCCUCGUCCUACGACAAGCGACAUGCGUCGAGGUACAGCCAGCAUGACGACAGAACCCUAUACAAUGAUGAGAAGUCUCGCAGCAGAGUCUCACCCAACGCCUUUGGGGUGUCCAAAGCCGGUAAAGUCCGCUCCACCAUCGCAAUCGUCGAGAGUCACAAGAAAACAUCACCCACCAAGAAUGGCAACGUAUCAAAGGAGAGAGGAGAGGGUAGCGAACACAAGAGGGCGCCGUUAAAGAGGCAGUCAGGUGAUGGGCGGAGCAAGCAGGAGUCAACGGAGGAGCGACAAGCCAAAUCAAAGACAGAGCCAGUACCCCACAAAAAGGUCAAAAUCAACCGCCAGCAACCAUUGUCAUAGUAGGUUAUUGAUUUUGAAAAAAAUGUGUCGGUCACUUUGCAAAAAUUAGUCCUUUUUUCCAUAGUUUGUACAGGAAGUGUAAAAAGGUGUUAUUAUAAUAUACAUGUACAUUGUAUAUCAAUAUUAUAUAAGGAAGCUUUGUUGAAAAAAAACAAAAAACUGCUAUGAUCAUAAUCAAAUCAUGUUUUUUCCCCCUUUUUUAUUAAAAGUUAAUAUAACUUGGUAUUGAUUAAUCACAUGUGUACAAUAUCCAUGUAUACCAAGUGUAUGCAAUAAAAAAACAAAUUAAUAUGCCAGGUAUAAAUAGACGAUAGAAAAAUUUGUACACUGAUAACCAUCCUUGUUGAAUAAAAUGCCCCCAAAAAUAGGUCAUGGCCUAUUGCUUGGACCCUAGCAGAGUCUUACUUGAAGGAUAAAUGACAACACAGUGACGGCCACAUGAACAAGUACACGUGUAUAUAUACUGUAAGUGUAAACACGAGCAGUGGAUUGUAUACAUGUAUAUGGAUUGCAAUAUGCGUCAUCGACCGGCUUCUUUGAAGUAUUAACAGGGACAAAGUGCACGCACAGCGCGUGCACGUGUCCCUUAUUAAAAUACAUCAAAGUGGUGGCCGAUGACGCGUAUCGCAAUACAUCUAUUAAUAAUUGAUUGUAUUUUGCAGCCCAUGAGGGUGCUUUAACAGCAAAUUCCCUUUCAUCACAAAUUUGUAUUAUGUUUUUUUUUAAUAAGAGAUCACCCAAGUAUUUUCACCAGGCCGGACGGCCACUUCAAGGUGAAGGCUACCCCUAACUGAUUUGGGCUUCGACCCAAGUCAACUGUCAAAAGGGUCGAUUGCCACCUACUCCUUGGGCUGAAACAGGGUUACACCAGGGUAGGCAUGGGUAGCAUCCACUAGGAGCCUGGC